CUGGCCCGGGACGCCGUGCUCAUCACGGGCGGCGGCAGGGGCAUCGGGCGCCACCUGGCCGCGGAGUUUGCCAAGCGAGGAGCCAGAAAGAUCAUCCUGUGGGGUCGAACGGAGAAGUGCCUGAAGGAAACCACAGAGGAGAUCAGGACAAUGGGAACAGAGUGUCAUUACUUCAUUUGCGAUGUGGGAAACAGAGAGGAGGUCUAUCAGCAAGCCAAAGCUGUCCGAGAAAAGGUGGGUGAUAUCACCAUCCUCGUGAACAAUGCUGCCGUGGUUCACGGAAAGAGCCUGAUGGACAGCGACGAUGAUGCGCUGCUCAAAUCACAGCACAUAAACACCCUGGGACAGUUCUGGACCACCAAGGCUUUCCUGCCCCGGAUGCUGGAACUGCAGAACGGACACAUCGUUUGCUUGAAUUCUGUCUUGGCCUUGUCGGCCAUCCCGGGGGCCAUCGACUACUGCACCUCCAAAGCGUCUUCCUUUGCCUUCAUGGAGAGCUUGACCUUGGGGCUGCUUGACUGCCCCGGAGUGAACGCUACCACGGUGCUGCCUUUCCACACCAGCACAGAGAUGUUUCAAGGCAUGAGAAUCAGGUUUCCCAAAUUAUUCCCUCCUCUAAAGCCAGAGACAGUGGCCAGGAGGACAGUGGAAGCCGUUCAGAUGAACCAAGCCCUGCUUCUCCUGCCCUGGACAAUGAACAUCCUUGUCAUCUUGAAAAGCAUUCUCCCACAGUCGGCACUUGAAGAAAUCCACAAGUUUUCUGGAAGCUACACCUGCAUGAACACUUUCAAAGGGCGAACAUAGACCUGGUGAUGCAAGGACUCGUUCUGCAGUCAAGCCAACACAAGCAGCAAAAUCCUGACAAGAUUGUGAAUCAGCCGUCUUGGCUGUUAGCCUGUCCUCUUCGCGUGACUUGUGCUGCUUUGAGGCAAUGCAUUUCUAGCAGGCCAGACCCAUAGUAACACGACCUUUGCACAGGACUUCUGGAAGGAGAAACAAACAAAAAAAAGCGUGAAAUGUUUAUGCAAUGUCUAAUUCUGUAGAAUCUGAUUGUUAAAACUGCUCCUAGGUUUAGGAUUGAAUUGCUGUUUCCAUAAGACCCAGAGACUGCUCCGACCUGGGCGCAGCAUGUCUCGCCUCAUCCUUCCCCCGCUCUGCUCACAGAAACUGGAAGAAGAAUGGGGAUUGAUGUCAGGAAUGGGAGUUUUAAAAAUGACCGUAAAGGGGCAGUAGCUAAGACUUUUUAUGGAGACUUCGCCUUUCCCCUUCCUCGCCGCAUUGGAUGGCUGGUGCUUUUGAACCAUCGAAGCAGCUUGUUCCCCUGACAGCUGAUCCUUCCCCGAAGGGCCACUAAGGAAGCUACUGUGCGCGAAAGGACUGAUCCCGUCUAGCCAAGGACUGCGCACGUUGAAAGGCUGAAGGGGGAAACCCAGAAUGAGGAGUAGAUAGGUAUAGGGUUUGGAAAGGACAGUCUUAAUAAGGCAAGGUCCCUUCAGCCACUAAAAUCAUAUGCAGAAUGUAACGGUUGUGUCUGAAUACUUUUGUUCAUUUAUGGUGAAAUAUAAUUUCCUUUUAGCACUAAUCCCUGAUGUCCAGUCAUUGAGCCAGCGUUGGGUCGGAAAUUGGUUAACCUUAUCCCAACACUUGCUCACGCAGUUCGUUCUUACAGUGAGUCCAACGGAUUGGUGUGCACAGUGAAAUAAGUGGACACGGGAAGGGGAGAGCCACUUUCAGCCAGGGCCUGAUCAAACACACGUGGGAGUCAACUAAACGUUUUCUGCUGAGCUAUAGGGGAGUUUGAUUGGGUCCUAGGUGAGCCAAAAGAGGAAGAAUUCAACAGUGAAUUCAAGAGGAAGAAUUCACAAUCCUGUUGUGACUGAAGUGUCACAGCUCAGCUAAAUAUACAGUGUCAGCAUAUAUAUAUAUUUUUUAUAAUACAGUCUCUUUAACUACCCAGCACAGGCCCAUGCCAGAUCCAAUGUGCAGCACAACACAGUAACGUAUAUGCAAUAUAACAUGA